GGCAGGACUGGUAAAUAAAUUAAAGGGUAACUAAAAAAAGAAACAUGCACAGGAUGUAGCAAACGAUGGUGGGAGGUGUAGUUUUACUGUGUGUGGGGUACAUGUUGGACAUGUCUGUUCAAAUUGAUCCUUUACUUCCCCCAGAAGCCAUUGGCUCCUGAAUCAGAUUGUGAAAGUCACAUUUCCCCUUUCUGGCAGUUAAUGGGCUGCUCGUUAGUGUUGGGCACAGAGCCGGGAGCAUCACAACAGGAACAAGAGCAGCAACGGCAGGUUGCAAACCAAGAAAUGAACAUGUCCUACAAAGUUGAUGGAUCUAUCUUUGACGACUUCGAGUUUAACUACAGCGACACAACAGAAUUUCCGACAGUUUUAUCCUCCCCAUGUAAAAGCACAUGGGUUAUCAACAAAUACUUUGUGGUAGUAGUGUACGCCCUUGUUUUCUUCCUCAAUGUGGUGGGCAACAGCCUUGUGGUCCUGGUCAUCUACUACAACAAGCUGAAGAGAUCGUCUACUGAUGUCUACCUUCUCCACUUGGCCAUCGCCGACCUCCUGUUUGCCACCACCUUGCCCUUUUGGGCAGCGUAUAAGGCCAGCCAGUGGGUGUUUGGGGUGUUUAUGUGUAAAGCCGUGUCGGUGUUGCAGGAAGUCAACUUCUACAGCGGGAUCCUUCUCCUGGCCUGCAUUAGCAUUGACCGAUACCUGGCCAUUGUCCAUGCCACUGAGGCCGUUACGCAGAAGCGGCACUGGGUCAAGUUCAUCUGUCUGGGCAUUUGGAUUUUUUCCCUUGCCAUAUCGCUUCCGACUCUGUUGUUCCGUACCGUGUUCAAGAGUCCUCGAGGGGUAGAUGUCUGCCAUGACAGCAUCGGGAAUGAAAAUACAGAAGACUGGAUGAUCAUCUUGAGGAUAGGGAGGCAUUUGGUUGGGUUCUUCAUACCAUUGCUGAUCAUGCUCUUCUGCUAUGGAUUUACCAUCAAAACCCUCUACCAGACCAAGAGCAGCCAGAAGCACAGAGCAAUGAAGGUCAUCUUGGCCGUGGUUCUGGCCUUCCUGAUCUGCUGGUUGCCCUACAACCUCACCGUUAUCGUAGAUUCCCUGAUGAGGACGCGCUUUAUCAACGAGACCUGCAAGAUGCGGGAACAUUUAGACGCUGCCAUCUCGGUGACGGAAAUUUUUGGCUACGUGCACAGCUGCAUCAACCCCAUUCUUUACGCCUUCAUCGGGCAAAAGUUCCGGAACAGUUUCCUGAGAAUCUUGGCCAGCAAGGGCAUCAUUAGCAAAUCUUUUCUGGCCCGUUAUGCCAGUGGGUCCUCCUAUGGCUCCACCUCUGGGAACACGUCCACCACCCUCUAACCAGCUUCUUUGGCUGCUUCUGGCCACAUAAGACUUGAUAUUGACUCAAACAUUGAAUUGGACAGGGAAGAACUUCCUUCGGUGCUAGUUCUAAGACUGGGUUAGUAGUUCUAGAGCUGAUUCCAUAUCUGCUUUACAAUCAGGCUUUGCCAGACCUCAGCCGUCCAGCUUCAGUAUCUAUGAUGCAUUCUGAUAAUGUUCUGAUGAUCUCCCACACCCCCUAAGCUUAGAUUCUCAGCAGCAGCCCAGAGCCCACUGAGCAUGUGCAGUGCCAAUGACACACAAAAGAUGGCCUAACAAGAUCAGAAGACAAAGAGCAGCUGGGGGGAUGGAAUCUGAAGGUCUGGAUCAUUGGUAUUAUACGGCCGGGUCACCACUGGGCUUGUACAGUAAGUUUAGCAUAGAAAAUACAGUAUUUCCAGCCAGAGUUCUCCUUUACAAUGGCAGAUAUAGGGAGAAGUUUAACCCUUGCACUGGGGUGCCCUGAAGCAAUGUAAUAUAAUAAUUCUGCGAGCAGUGAUGGGGUCAGGAAGCGCGUAGAAACCAUACAAAGCAGGAUAAGAAGAUUUGGGAGAAAUUUGGGGUUGGCAGGUAUAUAGUAUACAGAGCAAUACAAGGUAUACAAUAAGGGAGAGUAUAGGCCGUAAUGUUACACAAAUGUAACAAUAUAAUGAAAAUCUUUGUAAAGGACUUAGUCAAGGAAGGCAGUGACUCCUCCCAGGACAUGUCACGCACCAAUAGGAUUAUGUUAAGGUUUAAAUACAGAGUGUAUUCCUAUUGGUGUAUGAUAUGUACUGAGCCAAGAUCCUUUCUCUUUGUCUUACACCUCAAGAAAAUAUUUUCCUCUGCAUCUCUUCCCACUCCUUCCCAGCCCUUAUUGCCCUCUCUACCUCUCCCAUUCUAUACCCUCCCUAUCUCCUCCCUAUCCCCUCCCUACCCCCUCCCUAC